AUGUCAUCCGCUUCUAGAGCAAUCAUCAACACACCUAACCUCUCGCAACCUCGCAUCCGCACCAAGCGUUAUACCACAAUGCAACAAGGCGCCAAGAUGAAUACAAAACCCAUCGUCAGCAAGAUAACGGAAACGGAGGGCGACCUUUUUGACGCUCCGGAUGGCACAGCUUUGAUCCACGCUUGCAACUGCAUUGGAUCCUGGGGCGCGGGAAUCGCGCGGGUCUUCCGUACGAAGUACCCAGCCGCAUACAGAAUCUACGAAUCCCACUGCCGCGCAUACAUCAAAGACCCCCAGUAUCGCAACAUCAGCGCAUCAGCAGCCACAUCUAGCACAAACCAGUUAGCGACCCGAAAUACCCGACUGCCAGAGGCAACUACAUUGAUCAUCCCACCGCAGAGACGGGACUACGAAAGGCCGCGAGGCAGGAAACACUGGAUCAUCUGCCUCUUUACGUCGCGUGGAUUUGGACGCGGUGUGAGCGGUGUUGAUGUGAUUCUGCAGAACACCGAGCUGGCAGUUGCGGAUCUGAAGGAGCAGCUUGAUGAGCUGGAGGAGAGGGAGCUCGGACCGGAGGAUGUCGGUAUUACAGAGCUCAGAGCUUGUCGGUUUAAUUCUGGUCUGUUUGGAGUGAAAUGGGCGCUUACGAAGAGGAUUCUGGAGGAGUCGGGGCUGGAGAUUCUUGUUGUUCGUCCGCCUUCGGAAGAGGGCGAGAGAACAUCCAUUGAAUACAAAGCCAUGCCUCCCGAACGACAGCCAGCGCAGAAGCGGCGCACACUCCCUUUCAAACCCCCCAGUCGAGCAGCAGGAUCCGCAUCCACAACCACAGCCGGUACAUCGAAAGCAAAGGCGAAACCAACAGCCAAAGUCACCAAACCAGGAACCAAGGCAAAGAAAACCACUGCAACGACCUCAUCCUCAAAGCCCAAACCUGCAAAAGCUUCUUCCUCGCGCCAAAAGCCCUCACCCUCGCCCGCCGGCUCAGAGACCGAUUCCGACCCCGGCUCCGCAUCGGACGAUUCAGACCGCGACUCGCCCAACGCUUCAGCGUCCGACGACGAGAACGAAGCAAACUAUAUCCUCGCUGAAAUCACACACGUCGAACCCGAGCACGAAGAUGUCCUUUCUGCUGAACCGCUUAUCCCGUCGAAACUACUGACGAAGCUCGUGCACCAUCACUUCCGGAACGAGAAGACAAAGAUCGCCAAGGAUGCGAAUGCCGUUGUCGCGAAGUAUAUUGAUGUUUUUGUGAGGGAGGCUGUCGCCAGAGCUACUCAUGAAAGAGUCGAGGCGCAGGGAGGCGCUGCUGGCGGCGGUGGGAUUGGGGAUGGGUUUCUGGAGGUGGAGGAUCUGGAGAAAAUGGCGCCGCAGCUUGCUAUGGACUUUUAG